GUGCAUUAUGUUCUGAGUCACCCGACAGGCGCCUUGCCCUGGAUCAGGGGGAUCAGGGAAGACUUUAAGUAUCCAGAAAGCAAGAAUAGCAGCGGGAGCAGCCACCGCAGGAGGUAUCUUCAAGGUGAAGCUGUGGGGAGGCUCUCAAACCUCUCAGAUCCCCGGGACCUAGGACAGAUACUGGCAGUGAAGAAACUGGACGGAAGCCAAGAAGGAGAAAGGCCAGGUUCUCACCAAAGUUAAAGAGCCCAGGAGUUAGCAAAGGGCUCCAGGGACAGAGAGUCUAGACCCUCUCAAAUGGAUGACCUCAGUGAAGCCAAUGGGUCUUUCGCCAUCAGCCUAUUAAAAAUACUGGGUGAAGAAGACAAGUCACGAAACCUGUUCUUCUGCCCCAUGAGUGUCUCCUCAGCCCUGGCCAUGGUCUACCUUGGAGCCAAAGGAAGCACUGCUACCCAGAUGUCCCAGGUACUUGGUUUGAGUGGAAAUGGAGAUGUUCAUCAAAGUUUCCAGACACUUCUAGCCGAAAUUAACAAAACUGACACUCAGUACUUGUUAAAAAGUGCCUGCCGACUCUUUGGAGAAGAAUCAUGUGAAUUCCUUUCGGCCUUCAAGGAAUCCUGCCAGAAGUUCUAUCACGCUGGACUAGAAGAGCUGUCCUUUGUUAAAGACACUGAAGGGUGCAGGAAACACAUCAAUGACUGGGUGUCAGAAAAAACUGAAGGUAAGAUUUCUGAAGUUCUGAGUCCUGGAACAGUCUGCCCACUGACUAAGCUGGUUCUUGUGAAUGCCAUGUAUUUCAAAGGGAAGUGGAAGGCUCAGUUUGACAGGAAGUACACGAGAGGCAUGCCCUUUAAAACUAAUCAGGAGAAAAAAAACAGUGCAGAUGAUGUUCAAGCAUGCUAAAUUUAAGAUGGGGCAUGUGGAUGAGGUGAACAUGCAGGUUCUGGCUCUUCCCUAUGCAGACGAAGAGUUGAGCAUGGUCAUUCUCCUUCCUGAUGAGAACACUGAUCUCGCUGUGGUGGAAAAAGCACUCACAUAUGAGAAGCUUAGAGCCUGGACAAACCCAGAAACCCUGACAGAAAGUCAAGUGCAAGUCUUUUUCCCCAGAUUAAAGCUGGAGGAGAGCUACGACCUGGAAAUUGUUCUUCAGAGUUUGGGCAUGACAGAUGCCUUUGAGGAAACAAAGGCUGACUUCUCUGGGAUGACAACUAAGAAGAAUGUGCCCGUGUCCAAGGUGGCCCACAAGUGCUUUGUGGAGGUCAAUGAGGAAGGCACCGAAGCAGCUGCGACCACUGCAGUGAUCAGGAAUGCCCGGUGCUGUAGAAUAGAACCAAGGUUCUGUGCUGACCACCCAUUCCUUUUCUUCAUCUGGCACCACAAAACCAGCAGCAUCUUGUUCUGUGGCAGGUUCUCUUCUCCCUAAGGGCCUUCCGGGGCUUAGGAUUGGCGAAGUGUUUGCACAACAAGCACAAGGCCCUGAGUGCAGCCCUAAGCACCCUAUAAAAUUAGGCAUGAUUGUGGGUCAUACAUUCAAGGUCAUCCUGUGAGGUACAGGGGCCUCUGUCUCAAACAACAGCAACAACCAAAGACAAGAAAGUAGAAUGUGAUCGAUUUACACACCAUUCUUUGCUGAAUCACAUAAUUAAAAUUCCAUGUUACCAAAUUUGCCAAGGUGAUUUCAAUGUAAAAGUAAAGAGAGUAUGCUUAAUGACUAUAGUUGCUGACUGUACAAAUGUGGUGUAUGGCAGUUUGGGGCUGCCAAGAAGGCCAUAACUUGAUUUGAGGUGUCUGAGGUGAAUCUCAGCUCCAGCCAUACUCACAACCCAGAUCCUAAAGCGCUGCUCCACCCCAUUAACAUCUCUAAGCUGUGUGUCCCCACCACUGACAGACUUACCAGGGAAUGUCAGUGGAGGUCCCCCAUUCACAAAGCGAAGGGGAAGAGCUAUAGAAUAACUGCCUUCUGCGAUUCCUGAGGAGCUGAGAGAGUAUCUCCUUCCAUCAGUGUUACCCAGUACUCCUGUAUGACUCAGGGUUCAGGCAACUUUUUCCACAAAGUUCAAGUACAAGUUCAAGGACUCAGCGAGAACCUUCAGGAUGGAGCUGAGAGAUGAGGCUCCAAAGUGAUUCCUUAUCCCCCCCCCCCCAUAAACACUUAUUUCUAAAGCUCCAAGUGUUUUUCUUAUCUCCCCCUACUCUUUCUAAUGGAAACAUCACAUGGAAUGAUUCUUACAAACUGUAUCUCUAAUUAACCACAUGCUCAGACAUGAUUCAAUGCACUCCCAAUGGCCUAAAUGCAUAUGCAAGCCAGCAUCAGUACAUAGACUAAGUGGAUUGUAUUUAUAGCUCUCUGUCUCUCUGUCUCUGUCUCUGUCUCUCUGUCUCUCUCUCUG